UAUAGAUGGAUGGAUGACCCCGCCGCUCCCCUCCCUACUGGCCCCAGCUGUCAGCUCCCUUCCUGACUUCCCCACCCUGCCCCCGGUACCAUGGCGUCCAGCGAGGAGGACGGCACGGUUGAGGAGAAGGAAAACAACAACAAGAAGAGAACGAAAAGCGCCCUCGCUACCGCAUGGCUCACUUUCUACAACAUCGCCAUGACCGCCGGGUGGCUGGUUUUGGCCUUGGCAAUGAUGCGCUUCUACAUCCAGAGAGGCACACACAAGGGUCUGUACAGAAGUAUAGCAAGGACACUCAAGUUUUUCCAGACCUUUGCGCUAGUUGAGGUGGGACAUUGUGCCAUUGGAAUCGUGAGGACUUCUGUGAUUGUGACUGGUGUUCAAGUGUGUUCGCGGAUUUUCAUGGUUUGGUUCGUCACCAACGGCAUCAGACAGAUCCAGAAUGAAGAAAGUGUAAUCCUAUUCCUGGUUGUGUGGACGGUGACAGAGAUUACCAGAUAUUCCUACUACACAUUCAACCUGCUCAACCACCUGCCGUACUUCAUCAAAUGGGCCAGAUACAACUUCUUCAUCGUCCUGUACCCACUGGGAGUCGUGGGGGAGCUGCUCACCAUUUAUGCCGCCCUGCCGUUCGUGCGCAGAUCUGGAAUGUACUCCAUGAGGCUGCCCAACAAGUAUAACGUGUCGUUUGACUACUACUACUGCCUCAUCAUCGUCAUGCUGUCCUACAUCCCACUGUUUCCUCAGCUCUACUUCCACAUGCUGCGGCAGAGGAGAAGGGUGCUUCACGGGGAGGUCAUAGUGGAGAAGGACGACUAGACGAGCGCCACCUCGCACGCCUUCGCUUGAAAAGCCAGCCUGCCUCCACAUCACCCUCGACCCCCGCCGCCACAUCUCACCUUUAGCACCACCGGCCGAUAACAUUCUUCAACUGCACGGGACCCGAAGAGCCGCACAGCUGACGACCUGACCUGCCUUGACCACUAGAGAGCUACAACCACCAGAAGUGUGAAGAAAAAAAGAAAAAUAAAAAACCCAAGGGUGUUCCUCAGUACUGAGAAGUAAUUAAUUUAUUCCCGUCUGAAUGGAAAUAUUGGAAACAUGUUUACAGUCCCAGUGUUUGCUGGAGCUUGAGACAGGCGCCACCCCCCCUCCCCGUCCCCCCCGGCCGAGAGAUCCUUUAUUCGCCCACCAGCCUUACGGCGUCUUGUUGCACUGCAGCUCUGCAGCCUGAGAGAAACGAGCACUGAGCCACAACACUGCACCCUAAAGGAGAAAGAGGCAAGUGCAAAAUAAAAACGUGGAUGGAAAAUUGUAAGUUGCGUCUCCUGAGUUGUCCCCUCUUCAUCCUCCAGCGCAUCGAUUCGUCAGAUUCUUUUCAAAAUGUAUAAUACGAAAGAUUUUAUAUAUAUAUAUAAACUGUAUGGUUUAUAUAUAUAUAAACUAGUGUGGCUGUACAAAUACCAAGGUUUCCAAACAAGAUAAUAUUCAUAGUUAUAUCAUACCUCAACAAUAAAUCUGCAUUUAGACAAUAUGCUGCUUCUUUUGUGUAUGUUUGUUUUACCUUACGUGUAAAUGAUGCAAUGUGAAUCGAGCGGUUAUUAAAAAGCAUAUUUCUUAAUUUAUUCACAUGCUGUAGAGCAAGCACAGCUCAAACUUAACAUUUUGUCUGCUUUCGCCCAGCUCCUGCAUUGUUUUCUGUUGUUUUGAUGUUUACUAUGUCAAAUUAAUUUACAAGAGUGCAUCUUAAACUAAUUUCAGUCUUCACAGAAGUUUUUUUUUUCUUCCUUCCUGUAGGCCCGCUGUAGAUGAGGCUAUAAUUCAAAUUUUAUGUGAGCACUCGUAGUCUUCAGUCUGUGUCUUGUUUUGUUUUUUAAAGAACCUGGUGUCCAUGUUGAUAGAAAGGUAGCUAGACUCCCUCCUACUAAAGGUGCUAUUGUAAGAUCAUUUCAAUCUUCUGUGCAGCUGAAGGAGUGACUGUGACUGGAGUUGACCUAAAGCAGGAAAGCAGGAUGUGAAAUGACAGAGAGGAAAUGUUGCCCGUGGUUAUCGAGGAAAAUCAGUAUUUUAUGCUUACAAUCUGGGUUAGAGAGGAGAAAAAAUAAAUAAAUAAGGAAACAAUAGAAAUGUGAAAAAAAAACUUUGUGCAAAAUCAAUAAACUAAAUUCUACAAUA